AUGAUUGGUGUUUCUCAUCCCUGUCCUGUUGAACAUUCCAGGAGGAAGGCCCGCCAGGCGAAGGCUCGACGCAUUGCUCCUCGUCCUGUGGCUGGGCCCAUUCGGCCUAUAGUGAGGUGCCCUACUAUCAGGUACCACAAGAAAGUCCGUGCUGGCAGAGGCUUCAGCCUUGAAGAGCUUAAGCUUGCUGGCAUCAACAAAAAGUUUGCCCGGACUAUUGGAAUCUCUGUGGAUCCCCGGCGACGUAACAAGUCCACAGAGUCCCUGCAAGCCAACGUGCAGAGGCUGAAGGAGUACCACUCCAAGCUUAUCCUCUUCCCAAGGAAGCCAGCUAUGCCGAAGAAGGGAGACAGCUCUGCUGAGGAACUCAAGAUGGCAACUCAGCUGACUGGACCUGUUAUGCCGAUCAAGAAUGUUUUCAAGCGGGAGAAAGCUCGUGUUAUCUCAGAAGACGAAAAGAACUUCAAGGCUUUCGCCAGCCUGCGCAUGGCCCGGGCCAAUGCCCGGCUCUUCGGCAUCCGUGCAAAACGUGCCAAAGAGGCUGCAGAGCAGGAUGUGGAGAAGAAGAAAUGAACUGUUCUCCCCAGAACUGUCAAUAAAAAAUGUGGAAA